AUGUUGCGUUUAAGUUUUCUUCGAUUAGGAAGGUGGGGCCCACGAGACUUUAUUCGGGGUCGCACCAAGCGCGCCGGUGCCGUCCACGUCCGUCACACCCAUGGUAGUAAAGGUCGCUACAAGCGGCAUUCCACGUUGUACACCCUGCGAAGCGGUCGACGGCAUGUUUCGAAUCACAUGAAAGGGGGCCUUGGGAUCAAACUCGGGGGCGGGCUAUUCGGUCUACGCAUCCCGCGACAGCACUCCCUCUCGACCAUGACGCGGGAGGCGUACGAGCUGGAGGUGUACGGCCACCCAAACAUCACCAACCCCUACCGUGGCCAGGUUGAGGCGCACCCUGGCCUGCGCCUUGUCAUGGAGAACGCGAUGCCGACGGUGGAGGUGGUGGUGAUUCUCCCUCGGGUCGCGCGCAUCUCGAACGUCUCGGAGGGCGACCUCCCCCUUUCAUGGGGUUCCAUCGCGGAGGCGCUCCUCGCGGAAUUCCGCCCCCUUCCUUUGUUUUCCCCAAAGGUUGUGGAAGGUGCUCGGCGUUCGGGCGAUUUGGAGGCCCCUUUGGAGGCUGCCCCUGCCUGCCUCCUCCGCGGCACCCUCCACCUCGCCACCCUCGCCGCCUCCGUCCGUCUUUCCCUCGGGCGACUCGGGCGUGAGGCCCUCCAGGAGGCCCUCCUCGCCCUCCAUCGCGAGCACCAAAAGGGCCAAAUCCCCCUUCCCUUAACGGAAACGACCAGGCUGUCGUCGGGGCGGCGACGCGUUCCUUUUUUAGGCCCCGCCCUUCGCGCGGAGGGGGGCCCUAAAGGGCCUCCCCUCUCGUCAGUGCGGGCCGUCGCCUUCACCUCGGCAGCCUUCGCGUAUGCGCGCGCGUUGGAGGGGAGCGGGGGCGACGCCGCUGGCGAGCGGAUCGGCCCCUCGCGAGGGCGGGAGGACCCCCUCGCGGCGGAGAGCCCGUAUUUGACGUCGGAGGGGGUGGGGGAGGUUCUCCGGCGACUACGCGAGGGCGCGCCAGAUGCAUUGGGGCUUUGCUUGCGGCCCUUACUUGAUGAGGGGACUGUGGGUGGCGAAACGGGAGGAGCGCGUUCUUCCCACCCCACCCAGGCGAAGCCGGGGUCGCUUCUCAAGGCGGACGUCGACCAAGACGAGGUGGUGGGGGUAUGGCGUCAUCGACGGUAUGGUGAUGUUAAAAAACUGCUGCGUUGGUAUUAUGCCUCCCGCGAUCCACGGGCUCACAACAGUGACCAAUUACCUCAUCGCAAGCGACGUUUUUCGAUCAUACUUCUCGUGGAUGCCUCCAAAACGAACCCCAUCUCCCAAACAACCAUGCCAAUAUCAGGGAAGAUGCGGGCGAAAGCCCACGGUGCGGCGUCAGGAAAGCAUUCACAGAAACCAAGGCCAUCACUGAUGUCCAAAACGCUCUCCGAGAAUGUCGAACGGAUGGGAUUCAAAGCACUACAACCAACUGGAAUCGAUAAAAUUCUCGCCGCGGUGCAGGAGUGGUCGGUUGAACAUCAAUGGAGCUGUUGGCUGCGCAUGGGUUUGCGCCGUCAACAAUCCCCCCUCUCACGUGAUGAUGGCGUGAAACACGACCCCCCGUUGCAGAACAAGGCGGAAUUGUAA